AUGAAAUUUACUUUUUUUGUAGAGUCGCCAACACCAACAAGUGGAGGGGUUGAUGGAGAAAUGAUAGAUAACUCCACGGCAAGUAUGUAUAAGUUAGGAAUAUUGCUCUAGCUUCAAUGUAAUUAUUUAAUUAUUUUACAUUUCCAACCCCAACCCACAGGUGUAUAGACAAAUCUAUCUUAACAGCCAGCUGUCAAACCUGUAAUGAUGAAACCGAAAACAAAACCCACCUUUUGCGAUUGCUCUUUGCACUACUAAAACAUCUUCUCUUUACAAAUCAAAGAUUCAUAAUUAAAAAAGGGAAAUUAAAAUAAUUAAAGUGUGUAAUUAUAGUGAACUCUUAACCUGCAGGUCUUCCAUAGAUAUCAAUUUGUCGCUGGCUUAAUGCUUCUUGAAACAUUAUUCAAAAGUUAAAGAUUGCUGCAUUAAACUAAUUAUUUUCCUGUGAUUUUCACUCAUGAAAAUGCAGAAUUCAUAAAGCUAUCCCUGGCCUUUCCCUCACUGAAAAAUUUAACCAUUUACUAGCAGAACGAAAUGAAGCUGAUCUUUCCGUUUGUCGAAAGUACGUAAGGCAAAGAUUCUUGUGAUCUAGAGGAAUUUCCUACGAUUUAGACAGUAACAAAGAAAAAAAGAGAGCUGAAGGAUAUAUUUUCGUUGGUAGUAAUGGAAUAAUUCCCCCGGAUACUACGCAUUGUACUUUACUUGAGUAAACAUUCUUCACUUCUUCUGGCGAGGUAGUGAUCAGUGCGUCUUGGAACCGUGUUUAAACUAUCUGUAAACGCAGUUUCUUUCUUCAAUUAACGUACAAGGUAUGAAGUAGAUUGGGAACAUUCUUUUUUACGUUUCUGCAGAACUGGGCCUCGUAUGCCACAACGAAUACAUCGAGGUUACCUUGGAGAGCAAGAACUACCCAGGACUGGACACCAACGUGACUCAUCUCCAGGACGAGGCCUGUGUUCCCGGUUAUCGAGAUGCAACAAAGGUUAUAUUUAGGUUUGGCUUGGGGGACUGCAAAACCGAAUAUGAAGAAGACGAAAGUGAAAUUCGCUACAUGAACAAGAUUAUUGCUGUAGUAAACGACGAGAAGGAAGAGGACGCCAUCACUCGAUCAAGUACAAGAGUGCUUCCCUUUCAGUGUUCCUACAAGAAAAAGGCUGUUAUCUCUAAAGUGCAAGUCAAUCCUCAGUUCACAAAAAUCAUAACCAAUACGGGUAACAACAACAAGUGCAAAUAUAAUAAUGCCUGUUCACUGCUGGGCAAAGUCCCUUAAUAUAUACAUCUUGCAAUUAAAAUUAUAUAAAAAUGCCCUAUAUGACUAAAUCCUUAAAGUCUUGAAAGUAAACACUUAAAGACUCCUUAAAGUCUUCAUUUGAAGACUCCUUAAAGUGCAGAACACUUUAAGACUCCUUAAAGUCUUGACUUUAACACUCCUCAAAGUCUUCACUUUAAGACUCCUUAAAGUCUUCGCUUUAAGACCCCUUAUAGCGGAGCUCCACGCGCUCGCAAAGCGCGCUCGUGGGCGGAGCCCCAUAGCUAAGUAAAUCUACCCAUCUCAGAAAACUUGGUAAUCACGUGACCGUACACCGACCGCCGACCGCUGACCGUCCGUCCGCACCACAGGAAAACAAAUUUUUACUCUCACACUUUUAGCUAGUUUGGGAGCCCAAGAGAAAACUAAUUGCACAUCAAUGUUGUGAUCAAUUGACAGCUAUCAAAACAGAGCAUCUGCUGACCAGUAUCACCUGACCGUACCGCGGGCUCAAGUGUCGACCCAUCGAGGUCGAGUAUUUUUUGAAGUUAUCCGCUGACAAAUUACCAGUUUCAAAUGAUCGCAGGCUCAAGUUUAUUUUUUCCAAGGAUUCAUAUCAAAUAUGUUGUGUUUAUGUCGCUAUGGCCCCUUACUAUUAGGAUUUUGAUUUCAAACUGACCUCAGUUUUUUAAAAGUACAGGCGGGGAAGACCUUAUCUUACCAAGGUCACGCGUUGGUCACGCUCUACGUCCAAUUUUUAUACUCUGAUUGGUCAAAAUUCGACAGGUGAGUUCAUGCGGAAAAAUUAUGCAGCAUCUUGAAAGUUGUUUACUUUGACAGCUAAAGCUGACAGAGUUUUGUGUCAACUUGUGAUGUUUUUAACUGUCUUUUUCCACUGGAUGUACAAAAUGAAAUACAGCUGCUAUCAAGAGUCUUCUGUUAUUCAUGGCUGGUUUGUUUACUGGGUUUUUGGUGGAGAAAUGCGUCCCUUGUCAAAAUUCGGUAAUGCGAUUUCGGAUGGCAUCGUUUUCAAUUUUCACCUUGCUUAAUGCGUAAGAGGGUUUAAAAGUCUCAAGCAACUGUGGCCUUCCUUGAUAGCUUUCAGGAACUGAAUCUCGAGUGCUAAGCCUGAGUAAUUAUUGUAUUUGAUGUUUGUUUUUGUUAUAUCUAAUUUCAUGAAGUCUUACACAGUUCACGCUGACAGUUUAUGCGGCAAGUUUAUGCACGUUUGUAGGAUUUGAGUCAAUGACCUGACCUAGUAUCAGGUUAGAUAUAAGUAUGAGAACUUUAAAAAGCCUUCAGAUAUAUUUGCUCACCAUAAAUACAAAGAAAACGUUCCGAAGAAUAUUUAGUUAUAAAUUUGGCUGUGGAAAGAAAACUUUGAGGGAUUUUCUUGCUUCGAGGAGUUCACCUUCGAAAACAGUAAACACCGCGCCGGGAAGCCGGCUUAAGCUUUAAUUUACGCUUAAAGACUUUUGAGGCACUUUAAUACUUGUCUUCGUGAAUGAAAAUUGUUGUCUCUGUAAAUGUCUCAUCGAGUUAUAUCUCUUUUUUUGAUUGUUAGUAGCCUCUCUUGCAAUUUUAAUCGCUUGUCCGUGCCCUUUGUUUUCAUCGUACAUGAACAUCGCUUGCAGAAGUACUCAAAAACGUCGCGCGUAUCAAACGCUUUAUAAGAUUACACAUCGUAAUAACUGAAACCAUUAAAUAACAACAACAAAAAAAAAUUCGCUAUUAUGUUGAAGCGUGACUCUACUAAAGUUCAUUCAAACACUCGACCACACUGACAGCUCGCACUAUAGAAACGAAAACCAGCUGGCCGUAUGGGUGAUUUUGGAAAUUUUUGAACGGUUUCGCUUAAAGCCCACGAUUGAUCGUCCUGAAUAUUGACUGAGUGCAAUUUGUCUUGAAAAAUUGUGAAAUACCGCAUUCUGUCCGAGGUGUGUAUGAUAAAUAGUACUGUCUCACCUCAAAUGUGAUGUAUAAAAAUUCUAAAAGGUUGGUUUAAACACCGCCAGAUUUGUUGGCAAGAAUUUGUAAAGUAAACCUGUCGAACGCAAAAAAAUCGACGUCAUUUGUUUUCCAAGAAUUUAUUUUCGAGGCCUAAUCUACUGUGAUCUUGAAUGUGAUCGAAGAUGUUUGUUAUUUUUUGGGUGUACAUAUAAGAUUAUCAAUUCGAUGUAAGAUGUUUCACUCUAAAAUAACUUUCCCUCAAAAGUCACAUGAAUGCGCCCUUAAGUUAACUGAUUUGUGGAUUAAAAGUUUAUUGUUUGAUUUAAAUUAUAAAUUUAUUAAUUGGAGCUUCGCUUUUAGCCCUUGCUAAAUCUAUAUAUUAGUGUUCACUUUAAGACCCUUUGAAAUGAACACUUUAAGACUCCUUAGAGUGUUCACCUUAAUACCCCUUAAAGUUUAUUUCGAGGGCAACGAGUAGGUUUUUGAGCAAUUUGAUGGACUUACCUGACAAUAACUUAAAUGGGUUAAGACUUUCUUGUUCAGAUGGAAGAGUUCAAUCUCCCCGCCCCUCUCCAUUUACCCAGCACUCCAGCUCCGCCCCUCGAAAGUUUAAUUCUCGAAACUACUUCUAAAACGUCUCAGCGGAUAAAAAGUCAGGGAAGGCUAAUUUUUUUUCGUAAGGAAAUGAGCAAGAAUGAAUUUUUUUGGCAGUUCUGGAGUCAGUUAACCAGCUCUUUAUUUUGGUUUGUGAAUAACGUACUUUCAGACAAAGGGAGAGUGAAUUGUUUUCUUUCUGUUAGAAUAAAUUGCAUUCUUAUCACAGGCAUUCAUAAAAUUAUGAACACAUAAUUCGAAUAUAAACAGAGAAAAAAAAUCGCCAUAUUAUAUGUCACACGUCUAGUUGUUAGAUAGCAAAAAAAAAGUAAGGUACACGAAGAUCUUUUCUUGAUGUUCUGCUAUGCUUUUUUAUCAUCAGAGGACUUCGGUAACUUCUCGUAUGAGGUAAAUCUAUACACCGAUAAGGACUACUCAAACAAAGUUGAUGAAUUUCCCUACGUCAUCGGCAUUAGCCAGCGGAUGUACCUGGAAAUGCGUGUAGAGUCGGGGGAUUCUGGACUGAUCUUGUUCCCGGAUGAAUGCAAGGCCACGCCCUCCCAGGAUAUCAAUGAUAAGCCGGAUCAUGCGAUCAUCGAAAACGCGUAAAUAACCACUAAAAUAUUUGGCUUUAGUCAUUCAGUCUAUAGGUCUAUGAGAAAAGAAAAAUAAAAGCAAAAUAUGUUGUAGCAAGUUAAACGAAGAGAUUCAGAAGCUUGUAAACAACGCCCCUUCAGUAAGGGAAUCCGAGUCAUUCUUAAAUUCUGGAAUCUACGCCGUGGAUUCCGGAUUCUACCAUUGUAGGCGCUGGAUUCCGGAUUCUUUGUCAGAGGAACUUAGAUUCCGGAUUCCAGGCGUUAGUGGGAUUCCGGAUUCAGUCCUUGAGCAGUAUUUUGGAUUCAAAAGCCCCAGGAUUCUGGAUUCUACAAGCAAACAUUUUCCGGAUAUUACAUGGGGCGAUGUUGGUGUUUAUAUUUUAGUCUUUGAGCCUAUAAGUCUUUGAAAAAAUUGAUAAAAUGAAUAAAUAAAUAAAGCAAAGCAUGUUAUGGUAAGUUAAACGACUAGUUUUGAGAAGUUUUGGCCAAUUAAAAUGUGAAAAAUAGAUUUACAACCAGUCAUUUCAUGCAUUCCUGAGGCGAAAGAUGAUUCGGAUGAAAGAACGUUAUGAGAAGGACCGUGGUGUUGUUAAGAAAAAUGAUGUAAUAUGCUUACCAGAAGCCAGAGCUUUUGUUCUUUAGUUUAAUUUUAUUUUCUGAUGCCGCCAAUGAUCUUAGUUGUGCAACCUAAAUUUUGCGUUAAAAAAAGUGUUAACUUAUUUGAAAAAAAAAAAAAGAUGUUUAUUGUGCUUUCGCUUUAAAAGGUUAUUAUUCUUUUUGUAGAUGUCCCCGAGACAAAACUCUGGAGUUUGAGUACAAGAUGUCUGGUGAACAGCAAUUUAGUUUAGUGGCCUUCCGCUUCAAAUCUGGUUAUCAAGACGUGUACAUACACUGUAAGAUGACUGUGUGUCGCUCGAAGGAAGAAGAGUCAAAAUGCGCCAAGGGAUGCCAGGAAAACGAGAAUGACUCCAGAAAGAAAAGGGAAGUGAAAGAUGAUUUCCUCAUUAAACAGUUCAUUGGGCCAAUCAAGGUCAAGGGAGAAGAAGAUAAAGGUAUGUAUUACUCACAGUACACUAUGAAAGACUUGUGUCAAGCACCCCUACAUUCUUCACAUAAUGCUAAAGUAAUCUGCAUUGAGAUAGCAGCCUCCAAUACAUCAUAGCUGCCUUCUAGCUUCAGCGAUAUACCUUAUAAGGUUGUAAAGGAACUGAAUGUUUCAGACAGACAAUACUUAUGUUUCAUAUUCAGCUAAUUACAUUUAAUAGCCAUCAUGAAGCUUACGCAUUUUCAACCACCAAAGCAACGAUGAACGUAAUGCAUGCAGUCAAACAAUUGAACUUUAGGAAAAUUCGCCCACCGUUUGCAAACUAAAUUAGCCAAGUUCAAGGAGAGAUAAUCACUCAAAAUCUUGGAUUUAUGUUUAUGUAGAGGUACCUUUUGGUGGCUAGCUUAGUUCAAGCAUAUGAAAGGGCAGAGUUUUCACUAGUUGAAGUAUAUGCUACCGUAGAGAAAUAUGUUAUUUCGGUCUGUCCAAAAGGGCUAGCAGAUACAUUAUAUCGCUGAAAAAAAAAAUGAAAGAAAACGUUCUGGUUUUGUAAUUUAUUAAUAUUUUAAUAAAUUUAAAGCAGUUAAAGGGAUGUAAAAUUCUAAACUAGGUAUGUGAAUGGUGUACCAUUUGCACGAUCCAAGUAUGCGAAAGGAUCACCUUUUCUGCCAAAAAAUAGUAAUGUAAAAUAUUAAGGGGUUGGACCUCGGAGCGGAACUUCCCCGUAUAAAACUUGUCAUUAAUAAGUUAACUCCUCCCCCCGUCCCCACCAAGUUUGAAAUCUUCUCACACGAUGAGUCCUUUCUGUAUGACCUCUUUCAGUCUCGGAUGCACUUAGAAAGAAGGUCUCACAAGACAAUCCCCAGAUGUUCACCCUGGUUGGAGUGUUAGUUGGCGUGCUUGGAGUCAUCAUGCUCGGUCUCAUAGCUGCACUGAUUAUUGUAAUCAGGAAACGCCGUACCGAGGAGAAUUCCACCACCUUGCUAGUUUAUGAUGAAUAG